GGAAUCUAAAUCCAGAAAAACGGGACAAACAGAAAUUCGUGGACCAUAUUAUAGUCCGAUGGGUAAAAGAUAUUUAUCGGAUAUUUUAGAAACCAUGGGACCUUACGUUGAUUCAUUAAAAUUUGCCGGAGGAUCAUUUACACUUUAUCCUGAAAAUGAAUUAAGAGAAAUUAUUGAGCUGGCGCAUGAUUAUGAUGUUAAGGUUUCCACCGGAGGAUUUAUCGAAAGAGUUUUAUUGGCUCAAGGAAUUGGGGACCAAAAGGGUUAA